CUCCAUUUCAGCGUCACCCAGAUUUCCCCUCAUCUUCAACAAUCACAGUAUCUUUUUAUGAUUAUCCCACUGUUCGAUUCAAUAAACCCUUGCCCUACCGCACUCACUAUACCCAAACUUCAUUCUUCCUUCAUUCUGCUACCAUGGCUGCGACUACUUCUUUAUUAGAGUUAAACCCAUUAAAAUGGGCCCAAGUACAACCGCGUCCUCGAUUAUUCCCUCAAAGAAACGCUAAAUUUGGUCCCGAUCUAACCAAUUUUCGUACACUUCAACGUUAUUCCAAGUUCGGCGCCGCUAAAUGCUUUUUUACAGCCCCGAGGAAGCAUCUUCCCGCCAAUUCAAGCUCAAAUUCAAAUGGGGUUUUCAACCCUCUUCAGGUUAUGAGCAAAACGAUUGUCAAAGCUUUUGACGCCUUCAAGAAGCCCGCAAUGGUUGCAGUUUUAGUGGGGCUUUUAAUGGCGUUUGAUCCCGAUUCUUCAUUGGCGGCUUCUGGCGGGAGAGUUGGGGGUUCAGCGUUUUCGUCACGCUCGUCCUCAUCGUCGUCGAGGAGUUAUUCGGCCAAGCCAGGAGCAUCGUACUCGGCUCCUUAUUAUGCUCCGUCGCCGUUUGGUGGCGGCGGUGGGUUUUAUGUGGGGCCCGCGGUUGGCGUUGGAGUUGGAGUGGGUGGUGGGUCGAGUUUGUUCUAUCUAUUGAUGGGUUUUGCAGCUUUUGUUUUGGUUUCGGGUUUCUUGUCUGAUCGGUCUGACGGCGAUGUUUUUACUGCCACCGAGAAAACAAGUGUUAUUAAGCUUCAGGUUGGGUUGUUGGGCAUGGGGCGGUCUCUUCAGAGGGAUCUUAAUCGAAUUGCCGAAUUUGCUGAUACAUCAACCUCAGAGGGCCUGAGCUAUGUCUUGACAGAGACAUCACUGUCUUUACUUCGGCAUCCUGAUUAUUGCAUCUCUGGUUAUUCAUCUGUGGAUGUGAAGCGAAGUGUAGAGGAUGGGGAGAAACGCUUCAAUCAACUUUCUAUUGAAGAACGAGGAAAAUUUGAUGAAGAGACUCUGGUUAAUGUUAAUAACAUCAGAAAACAAAGCACAAGCAGCCAAAGAGCUGGUGGAUUUAGCAAUGAGUACAUAGUGAUCACAAUUUUGGUGGCUGCUGAAGGAGUGCAUAAACUGCCCAGCAUUAAUGGCAGUGGGGACUUAAAAGAAGCUUUGCAAAAGCUUGGCUCCCUUCCCCAGAGCAAAAUAAUGGCAGUCGAAGUGUUAUGGACCCCACAGAAUGAAAAUGACACGCUAACAGAGAGACAACUACUAGAGGAUUACCCACUUUUGAGGCCUCUAUAAGAUAGCUUCAGCCUUGCCUAAGUAGGAGUGAAUUGAACUGGUUUUACAUCCUGUUCUUGGGUGCAGUAAGUGUUGAUGAAUACAUAAAUAUUUAACUUGAUAGAUAAUCGGUUGGGGAUCCGUCUGCUGUGCUGGAUCUGUAAACUCAUGACAGAGUCGGUGUAGAGCUACUUCAAAGCAUCAAGUUUGGCGAUCUAUAUUUUCUGAGUUAUCAGAAGAAUAUAACCUGCUUAAACUUUGAAGUAAAACUUUGUACAUUUUCGGUUUUUGUUCAAAUAGAAGUAUAAUCAGUUGCA